AAUCGGACAAAUGUUUACAUUUCAUAUUCAAACAUUAACCUCAAAAGAUCAAAAGCAGAAAUAACUACAAUGACCGAUUUAGAGGAGAUGCAAAAAGAAUUAGACAAAAUUAAGCUCCAAGAAGAGCAACUGUUUGAAGAAAUGAAACACUUUGUCAACCAAAGGAGUUACGUGGAUGCAAAAAUAAAAGUGUUAUCAAAAGUUUUGCCCACAUUAAAAUCUCUCAAAGUUGAAACUCAAGACUUGGUAAACACAAUACAUAACAUUGCUGAAUCUGCUGAAGGUAUUAGCAAUAAGGUUCGAACCUUGGACUGUGCACGCAAUCGCGUAGACGAGUGCCAGCAGAGAGUCGCUGAUCUAAUAGACGUCGGCUUGUGUUCUGAGGGUGUACAAACCGCAAUUUUAAAUGAAGAUUACGAAAAGGGCGCUGGUCACGUUCAUCGGUUUUUAUCAAUGGAUCAAUCUUUACUGAAGCAGUCUGCUACUGAUAUUGAAAAUGUGUCUAGCGUCUUAAAAGCUGUCGGAACUUUACAAGAUGCAGCUGGUCAGUUGAGAACGAUCGUCCAGCAUAAAUUCGAUGAAGCGGUUCGCCUAGAAGAUUUGGCUAGUGUCGAACGGUUCUUUAAAAUUUUCCCACUGUUAGAUAUGCAUGAUGAAGGUAUCAGGAAAUUUUGCAAUUACUUGUGCGAUAAGCUAAGAGAUACUGCCGAUAAAAAUUUACAAACUGCGCUGAAUGCACCUGUUACGGAUAAAAGGCACCAUGUCAAAUUUGCUGAUACACUAACCCUGCUAUUUGAAGGCUUGGCGAGAAUUGUCGACAUUCAUCAACCUCUUGUAGAGACUUACUACGGACCAGGCCGUUUGAUGUCGGUGGUUUCAUUUUUACAGAAGGAGUGUGAUACGCAGGUUAAAUUAAUUAUAAUGGAGUUCCAGAAGCAUAGACAACUUCAGAAGAAGAUUAAUCAGAUUUCCGAGGUGGCAAAAAUGAGCAGUAGCUCGAGUUUUAGUAAAUUGGAUAAGUUGGAUCCUAAAGAGUUGGAUAUUCUUAUUCAGGAAAUUACCAUAAUGCAUUUUCGGAUGGAAUUAUAUAUCAAAUUUAUAAGAAGGAAGGUUUUGGCUGAUAUCGAAAUAAGCGUUUUAAUUUCGGAGGAACGCAAUAAUCAAAUUCUCCAACUUGAUAAGCUCAUUAAUGCAAGUGAUUUAAGUAGAAGGAAGCACGACUUACUAUCCCUAUAUCUACAGCUAGAGCAGUACUUUAUGGAAGAAUCCGUCAGUAAAGCAGUUGGCAUCGAUUCUACAGAAACGGCGCAACAGACUUCCAGUAUGGUGGAUGAUACAUUUUUUAUUAUCCGCAAAUGCAUAAGGCGUGCAAUAUCAAGUGGAAGCUUAGAUGGAAUUUGCGCAGUUAUAAACAUUGCAUGCGCAGUCUUGGAAAAUGAUUUUUGUGGAAUUUUACGUGGACGGUUAAAGCAGGGUUAUCCAUCAGGGUAUUUAGAUCUAACUCAAGCGUACAACGUCCUUCAAACCUCUAUUCAACAUGGCCGACUUCAACCAAGCGAUACCGAACAGAUUCGAACUGCUUUCCUUAUUGCUUUAAAUAAUGCUGAUGCAAGUACUGAGUAUGUAGAGACUUUAUGCGACAGUGCGUUAGGUGAUGUGAAAAAGGCAAUUCCAAAUAUGAACACUAAUGAACAUGGCAAAUUAGAAAGUUGUCUCUCCGGUCUCUCAUCGGUAAUUAUUAAUUUGAAAGACGUAAUGGAGUACGGCAUGCAACAGUUACGAGUCAGUGUGAUUAAGCCACGGAUUAGUCCUUGGGUUGAUUCAUUUCUUAACAUCAACCACCAGCUUAAUGAUGACGAACUGUCAGAGUAUGAAGCUGGAGAAUCUUUUGUUCAAACUUUAAUCAUGAACUUGGAUUCGUUACUUUCUUCAUUUAAGGACAGUUUGACCUCGGCCAAUUACGAUGGACUCAUAAAAAUUCUCAUAGGCGAAGUAACCGCAAGAUUUGAGAAGGUCAUUUUUAAGUCAGCAUUUAAUAGAUUAGGUGGAUUGGUGUUGGAUAAAGAAGUGCGGUCAUUAUCCGGGUACUUAACCAGCGCGACAACAUGGUCGGUCCGAGAUAAGUUUACGAGACUCUCACAAAUUGCAACCAUCUUAAACUUGGAAAAAGUUACAGAAAUAACAGACUAUUGGGGGAACCAUGAUGGGGCGCUCACAUGGAGAUUAACCCCUACUGAAGUUAGAACAAUAAUGGGUUUAAGGAUUGAUUUUAAGCAAGAGGAUAUACAGAGGCUGAAAUUGUAAAUGUUAAUUUUAUCCGAAUGUAAGUAAAUAUUAAAGACUAUUGCAAUUGUGACCGCUCGCCUGGCUCACAGUUGUUUAAAGCGCAUUUGUCCUUUUGAAAGGAAACCGGCCAACCAUUUACAGAGGAACAAAUUUAUUGCUCAUAAAACAAUCAAAUAAGCUGAAAGAAAAACAGACUACCAGGGCAGAAUUGAGGCAAAAAGCAAUCGAUAGAACGACAUCAAUAUUAAUAAUUCAAAAUCUCCUGUCGUAACUGCGAUUUACAAUAAAUGACGCACAAACACA